AUGACGGUGCGUGAUCCCACGGUGGCCGUGGUGUGUCUUGUCAUGGGAUCGGCUUUGGCACUGGCAGGCACCAUUCUGCUGUGCCACUUUACCACCCUCGACUCGUUCAACACGAUUCAAGCGCUUCAAGAUCAGCCGCGAUCAAAGCGCACCACCCCCGCCGGGCAAGCACAACUGCAUCUGCGGGACAGCUUGUUCCACAUGGUGGAUGUGCAGCUUGUGACGCUCUUCCUCUUUUUGUGCGGCAGCAUCUCGGGUCUGUCCGAGUACAUGUGGUAUGCCACCCUCUUGGCCAUUAUGAACGGUUUCCCUGUGCUGGCCACCUAUUAUGACCAGUAUGACCAGCUCAAGGAGCUGCAUGGCGAUGACACCGUCAACACGGUUCGCGCGGCCAUCGCCCUCUCCUGGCUCAACUAUCUGACCAUUGCCAUCGUCUGCAACGUCCGCCGCAGCGAUCGCUCCGAUGGCUACG